CUGUGACGUCAUAAUAGAGACGGCGGUUUCUAGCUCUUCGAUCGCAAAAAAAAUUGUGAUUUGAGAAGCAUUUUCCCAAAAUUCAUAUUUCUGAUUUUUGGAUACAGUAAUAUUUGCUGCCCGAAGAAGUAGUUGUCUUUGGAGUAAAUUUAGAAUGGAUCAAAACGCGGGUCCAUCAAUGGAGAGGUCCUAUCCGGGAAACAACGAGAAUGAUGAAAACGAAAUGAAUGGUCACCUUCCUCAGAAGAAAGAACUGGGCAAUAAGGCGUCCAUGAUGAUUAUAAUGGUCGAGCACAAUGAAUCCGACGAUGAAGAUGAAGGCCCGGAAGAGCUUGACGAGGAGACGGUGUCGAGCCUGUGCAGCUUGCCUAGAGAGAUUGCCUUGACUCAACAGGCUAGACAGCUAUCAGAAAUUAGUAUGAAGGAAGCCCUUGCAGAAGAAUUAUUUGAAAAUGAGAUUCGGCGAAUGUCCCUCAUUGCCAUUCAUUCAGCCUUUUCAGCUGCUGUGAUGUAUCAGUCCGACGAGAAUCGGCCAAAGAAACGCAAGCCAAACAUCUUCCGAAGAUUUUUCUCCUGCUGUUUUUCCUGUAUUCGUAGAAGAAAUUAAUAAACUAUAUAUUUUUCUGAAAA